UCGAAUCAAAAUGGUGCUUGUUUGAUGAUGCAACCAAUGUGAAAUAAAUACUUGAAGGUUGCGCUACUAAUGUUACAUCACGAUUGCCUCAGAUCAUUCUUAAAUACCAACUCUUUAAGAGAAGACGUCAAUCAAUUAUCGAUGAGCUUGCAAGAAGUUUAGAUAUUCGGAUAGGGAAAUAAAGGCCACAUAAAACGUAAAGUUUGAGGAAACAAACACGAGCAAAUUUUUGUGAGUGCGCAACAAUGAAUACAGAUCCAGAAUCUGUAGUUGAUGAAACCUACCAAUAUGAUUUGUUCGGUCCACAAGAAGAAGAUGAGGAAAUCCAGAAUGGAAUAAUUGUGAUAGAAGCAGGGAAACUGAAUGCAAAGGUUGCUCUAGUUUCACCUUCAGAUGAUGACUAUGAUAUUUUGCUCAGUCGAAUCCGUAGCAGAAUAAAGGAUGGAAUGGGUGAAACUAUUUAUGAAGUUGGAAUCGGUGAGGGUGGAGAUUCAGGCCUGAAUGAUGCUGAUAUGAAAGCAUCUGUGGCAACUUUGCAGAGCAUGGCAGAACACCUGAACUGUGACCUUGUUUUGCUAAGGGAGAAAGAAUCUGAUGAUGGAAAAAUAGCUGAAUACCUGAUCAGAGAAAAAAUGAUAGAGGAAGAUUUCUGUGAAGUAAGAGUGGCAGUGGUUGGUAAUGUAGAUGCUGGGAAAAGUACACUGCUUGGUGUUCUCACACAUGGUACAUUGGAUGAUGGAAGGGGCACUGCUCGUCUGAAGCUAUUCAAACAUAAACAUGAAGUUGAAUCUGGUAGAACAAGCAGUGUAGGCAACGAUAUUCUUGGGUUUGACAGCAAGGGAGAUAUUGUUAACAAGCCAGAUUCACACAGUGGUGCUCUUGACUGGCAACGGAUAUGCCGUGACUCAGCAAAGGUUAUCACCUUCAUCGAUUUGGCUGGACAUGAAAGAUACCUCAAAACAACAGUAUUUGGAAUGACAGGGCAUUCGCCAGACUACGCCAUGCUGAUGAUUGGCUCCAAUAUGGGUGUGGUUGGUAUGACAAAAGAGCACCUUGGGCUUGCCUUGGCCUUGAAUGUUCCUGUGUUUGUUGUGGUCACUAAAAUUGAUAUGUGCCCAGCUAACGUUCUGCAAGAGACAAUGAAAUUGCUCUGUCGAAUACUGAAGUCCCCUGGAUGCCGUAAGAUACCAGUGAUUGUCCAGAAUAAAGAUGAUCUCAUCUUAUCUGCCUCUAACUUCACCUCGGAAAGGAUAUGUCCGAUCUUCCAAAUUUCUAAUGUAACAGGAGAAAACAUUGACCUUUUAAAGAUGUUCUUAAAUCUCCUGUCUGCAAGAAGCAGCUUUGUUGCAAACGAGCCUGCCAUAUUCCAGAUUGAUGAUACGUACUCUGUUCCGGGUGUAGGAACUGUCGUGUCUGGUACAACACUACAAGGCGUCGUCCAUGUUAACGAUGUCUUAUUGUUAGGCCCAGACUCCACGGGUAGCUUCCAGCCGUUGCCAGUCAAGAGUGUUCAUCGUAAACGUAUGCCAGUAAAGGAAGUCAGAGCUGGCCAAACAGCAUCUUUUUCUCUAAAGAAGAUCAAAAGACAAGACAUUCGCAAAGGAAUGGUGAUGACAUCAAGGGAUUUAGAACCAGCUGCAACAUGGGAAUUUGAAGCCGAGGUGCUCGUUUUGCAUCAUCCUACGACAAUCACGACAAGGUACCAAGCAAUGGUGCAUUGUGGUAGUUUACGCCAGACAGCAACAAUUCUGUCUAUGGACAGAGAACACCUUCGGACGGGUGACCGGGCACUAUGCCGAUUCCGUUUCAUUAAAAAUCCGGAAUUCAUACAAGCUGGCACCAAGAUGAUUUUCCGAGAAGGCCGGACUAAAGCAGUUGGUACAAUUACAAAGCUAUUCCAUGAAAUUCCUGGUCAAAGUUCUCACAACACCCGAACUGGGAAAUCAACAAAAGCUCAAAUGCACCAAAAAGCGCAACAGGCUAACCGGUCUAAAACAGGUGGGAAAAAACCGGGAAAUCUACCAUUGCAAUGGACACAGCAACCUGCAAAUGGUAACCCAGUGAAGCAAGUGCCUUCCCAGAAUAAUGACAUCACUACGGGUAAACAAACGACAUCAAACACGAAUGUACUAAGGACUGCUGAGUCUUGAGCAGCAGAAUAGUUAGUUUUUGUUUGCAUUUAAUUUAUCAUUUAUUUUAGUCGAGGAAUUGCAAUCUAAUAGAUAUUCAAACUUAAGAAGCCGACAGUAAACAAACAAUAGUGUAUGCGAGAAGUGUAUAAUGAAAUGGUAACCAAAAGCUUGCUAAUAAGACUUAAGGACCUGUGCCUUCCAAUUUAAACUAUACAAACAAUUAUGUUUAGAAAGUAUUUGUGGGGUUUCGAAGUUGAAGACCCUUUGAUUCUGUCAUGAAACCUGCAUUUUUGGAUGUCUUUUAUUAGGUAUGAAUAUUUUAGCUUGUAUAAUCUUAUGUAAAUAUUUAAUAUAAAGAAAACCAUGAA